AUGGCGCCAGGAGCCACGGGCACCGAGACGGAGGAAGAAGUAUCAGUGACGGAGCCACCGUUGGUCCCGGUUGUCGGAGGGACCACGGAUGUGCUGACGGCUGCGAUGAUAGAGCUGGCCAAGGCGAGCAAGGCCACGAGUAGCGCCCGAGUGGCGUCCAUGAACUGGGAUGAAUCGCGGCUACGAUAUGGCGGCCAAACUAUGGGACCGAACUGGGAACAAUUACCACGACCCUCGAUCGAAUGCAGCUACAUCAACGAAGACUACCCCCACCCGAGAAGUCCGAGGCCGAAAUGCGAGCGGACGAAAAGAUGGAAGCCCGAGCCAAGCUACGUGCUGAACGACAAAAUCGAGCGGACAGAAGAACAGCGUAAGCAAGCUGAGCGGCGACGGAUCAUCAAGUCCAAUCGUCCUUCGAAGGAAAAGGGCGAUGACCGCGCCAAAGUGGCACACGCGGCCCAUGAUCGUCGGAUGCUUGACACGACCUUGCCGAGCAGCUCAGGAUGGGGAUCGCUUUCGAGCGGACCACCGACGCUAAGCAGCGGAAGAUGGGGACCCAGCAUCAACCCCGGUGGACCUUCAUUGGUCGUGACAGAUGUCCAAGAGACAUGCAAACAUACUGUCGGGAAUUUAGAGGAAAUUACCCACAUCCACCGGGUGGAUACAUCAAGCCGGAACGAAGUGCGGCGGUGUGGUCCCCGUCGACCCAGAAACCAGGGGACCCACGGAGGACCCACCAACCAAAAAGUACAGCCCGCAAACAAACCUGCGCCCCCAAGACACGACGACCGCCCUGCCCAAGUUGUGCGUGAUGAAGCGUGCCCUCGAUUUGCACCCGCCCGGGAUGACCGCGGCAUGCUGUGCUUUGUCUGCCAGCAGCCAGGACACAUGGCCCCGGAGUGUCCCAACAAAAAAGACGGGGAUAGCGGCGAUACAAGCUGGAAGAAGGGCAAGAACGCCGUCAAGCAGUUCAAGGCGAAGGAACGCAAAGCGAAUAUGCAAGCCAAGCGAAUGAAGGAGCUCCCACCACCCAACAUGGAAGAUGAUGGACGUUGGGUGCGACUGAACUGUGUGCUGAGUUCCUUACUGCCCGGACACCGGCGCAGACCAGACAUUAUGCCACAAGCCAUGAUGCAUGAACUUCAAGCGUUACAACCCCACUUCAAGGUGGCGCGCCUACAAGUGGAUGAAGACGGCGACGAUCUGGAAGAAAUUGGUGGCGAUUGCAUUGAGUUGCCCCAGCGAUCGGCCGUCCGAGCCGCGUCCAUGAAGGCGGUGGUACCUGUAGCCAAGAAUGAAGUCGAGGAAGCCCUGCAAGGUAUGAUCGACGGCGCAGUCGGUAACACAUUUCCAAUGGAACAUGUUAAGUACUUGUGGGAUGUGCUCAGCAAGCAUGACAUCUGGCGAGUCAAGUUCGACGGGUCAGAUCCACCAGCGCAAGUGAAGCCACUGAAGGUGACCCCGAAGGAUGGGUGUGUUCCUUACCGAUGCAAAGGAAGGAAGCACAACCUCCUGGAGGAGAGGUUCUUCAACUCGGUGAACCAAGUCCUCAAGCCAGAUGGGCGCAAGUCAUUGAAGUCGGAUGACGAUGACGUGCUCAAGAACUAUCGGCUAACCAACGACUGCCGCGUCGUGAGCUCGUUAACCGAGCCGAAGGUGGGGACAAUGCCAUUCCAAGCUACCAUCCUACAUAACCUGCGUGGCAAGAAAGCGAUGGGGGUGUUUGACCUGCCCAAGCGCUUUUGGCAGUUCCCGCCGCACCCAGACAGCUGGGACAUGCCAUGUGGACAGUGCUCUCUACGUGCAAUCUACGAACGAGGAGUGCUACAAGGACCUGCUCUACAAGGCAUACUGAUCUGGAUCGACGGCAUCUUUGUGUACGCUGACACAGUGAAAGAGUACGUGAAUGCCCUCGAGUCGUUCUUCGAUCGAGUGGCCCAGUUCGGGUUCAAGCAGAGUCCGGCCAAAACCAAGCUGCUCACGGACCAAGUCACGUGGUGCGGAGACAUCAUCAGCGGUGAUGGCGUCAAGCAAGACCCUGAACGCAUUGAGCAUCUGUGUGCGAUCCCCUACCCUACGAAUGCGGGUGAAUUGCAGCAGUUUGUGUGCGCCAUGAACUGGCUGCGGGACUCGAUGACAGAGUACGUACAGACCGUCGGCCCACUGCAACAGUGUCUGACGAAGGCCCUCGAGGGCAAGGGUACGCAGAAGCGAAUCGCGUCUGGUGUUCACUUGGAACUAACCGACAGCGAGAAGCAAGAAUAUGAAUGGCACCCCAAGAAGGCGUGGUCAGUCAUCGAGAAGGAGGCCUACCUAAAUUGCGCGUGCGUGCGAGAAGCUCAACUAUAUGCUUACGCGACCUACGGGUCAAAAUACCAGCAUGGCAAGGACAAACCAAAGCGAGCCACAGUGGUGGACGGACUGUGGCAAGUGGACGAGCGGUUAUGGAUUCUGAGUGCGGCGAAUGACCUGAUCCAACGGAUCAUGGGCGUUGCCCACUGCGGCAGCGCUGGACAUCGUGGACAUGCAGCGUUGGUGGCGACAAUCCGCCGCCUGUUCUAUGUCGACCACUAG